GUCUCGCUGACGCCUGCCGGAAUUAACUAGGGCAGAUCCCUAGCUCGAUUUCAGCAGCGCGGGCUGGCAUGGCAGCCACGAGCCUUAGGAGUCUACGAGACUACGACUACUUAACAAUGGCUCGCGUGGCGCCGAUGGUCGCCACCCGCUCCGCCUUGGCUUCGCCUCCGAGCACUCUCCUGCACCAUGGCGCACUCCGCCUUGGCGACGGGCCCCGUCUCCUGCGCCAUUGACCCUGCCAUGGUUCUCUCUCACAAGUUCCCCGAGGUCGCGUCCGCGUACGAUGAGAGGGAUGUAGCACUGUACGCGCUGGGGGUGGGAGCUUGCAGUGCAGAUGCAGCGGAUGAGAAGGAGCUUCAGCUGGUGUACCACAGGGAUGGGCAGUCUUCCAUUAAGGUUUUACCUACUUUUAUUUCUGUACUUAAUGCAAAAACUGGCGAUGGGUUUUACAUGGAUGUCCCUGGGCUUCACUAUGACCCAGCACUUUUACUGCAUGGUCAGCAAUACAUGGAGAUAUAUAGACCAAUUCCUUCACGAGCUAAUGUUGCUAACAAGAUUAGAAUAGCUGGUUUGCAUGAUCGAGGGAAGGCCGCUAUUCUUGAAGUUGAAACACUAACCUGCCUUGAAGGUUCUGGUGAAGCUUUGUGUAUGAAUAGGAGUACUAUCUACUUGCGUGGUGCUGGUGGCUUCUCUAACUCUUCACAACCGUUCUCAUAUGGCACUUAUCCUUCUAAUGAGGUCAGAGAUGUCACGUUUCCAGAUUCCACACCUUUUGCUGUGUAUGAAGAUCGCACCCAGAAAUCCCAGGCAUGAUACUUCAUUCCAUAUGUAAAUUUCUUUCUGGAGUUGUAUUUUUUUUUUGAAAGGAAUGGCAGGAGCUCUGCCUCUCAAUUAAGGAAGUAAAGAGAAAGUUUUAUGUACAGUUUAAGGAAAGAGCUGCUGAAAAGCAUAGCACUCAGAGAAAAACAAACUCCAGAAAAAACUAGCCUACUCUCUGAACAGCCCUUUCUCUUUGCGUUAUGUCUUCUUUAACUUUUGAAGCAACCUGCAGCGCCGACUCAUAUGCAUUGUUGAAAAUUCUACGAUUUCUCUCCUUCCAAAGAUUCCAGCAAGUGUAAAUGACCAAGCCGUUGAAGCGCCUUCUUUCUUCUCUUGUGAUUUUUGGUACGGUCUCCUCCCACCAUGAACUCAGGCUAGAAGGGUCUUGGUGGAAGCAAACAUGCAGGAGAGCUGCUUAACUUUAUAUUUCCAUUAUUUGUACAGCUCUUCUUUGUAGUUUUAUUUGUUUUGUUGAAUUUUUUUGUCCUACAUGGAAGGCAUCUCAAACUGCGAAUUCUCUUUUUGUUCCUCAACAAAAUAUCUUUCAAGGUUGUUACUACAUUUAGCAGUGCCAUUUCUCUUGUCAAAUUUGACACACAGCUGCAGAUUAGAAAAUAUUGAUCAAAAUGUUACAAAGUUGUCCUAUUUCAAAUCUCUGAGGUUUCUCUCUGUUGAUUCAGGCACUACUCUGCGCCUUGUCUGCCUAUUUUCAUCCCUUGCAUUCAGAUCCUAUCUUUGCUCAGUCUGCUGGGUUUACACGCCCAAUAAUGCCUGGACUGUCAACGCUUGGAUUCGCCGUUCGAGCUGUCAUGAGGUCAUUCUGCAACAUGGAACCAACAGCCGUGAAAGGUAUCUCCUGCCGGUUCCUGCACCAUGUCUACCCAGGGGAAACUCUGGUUACUGAGAUGUGGCUUGAAGGACAGAGUCGAAGGGUGUACUACAGAACUAAGGUGAAAGAGCGCGGUCCAGCAGUGCUCUCAGGAUACGUGUUACUCCAAAACGUCCCUUCAUCACUGUAAGCCUGUAAGGUGAACGAACUGUAUCCUGUGCUCUCAGUCACAGCAGUGUCAUCUCAGGAAAGGAACCGCAUCAAAGUCGUCUCAAGAGUUGACAAACAAGGGACAAGGCAAUUUCUUUCAGCUGGUGGUUUUUACCAUGAGUUAUUGUCGAGUGGUUUAGGAACCCAAAUCUUUGGGGAAUGGGUUGCAGAUUUCCGAUUGUGAAUUUGUAAUAAAAUCCUGUGUAGGCAUCCAUGCAUUCCUCGUGCAGUAUCCUUGCCAUGUUGUCAUGAUAUUCUUUGUUAUUGCUUGUCUUAUGAGUAUAGUUGUCUCCGAUGUUUGAACACACACCAUUUUAUGAAAUUACUAUUAUGUA